GGGAAAAUUCUGCCGGUCAAAGCAUGAAAACGGAAAAACACCAAAAUCACGGACUCUACUCUCCCCACUCGCAACAUGGUACAGUGGAGUCUCUUUUCAUUUGAAAAUCUCCACUCUCUUUUGAUAAACUUCCGCCGAUUUGCUUGACCACCGCGUCUCCGCUUCGUCCUCGUAAUUACCCCUUUCUAAACCCAUUUUCAAACCUUAAACCCGAAUCAUCUGCUCGGUUUGAACACCCCCAAGUUGUUCUCCCAUCAGUUUCAGUACGUAUACAAGUGUAUACUUUUACGUUUAAAUGUACGAAAUAAAUGGCUAGAGUACUUAUUAGGCAAUUAAUGAGAUUGAAGGAGAAUGGACUUUGAUGUUCGGUAAUUACUGCAGUUGUUUUGAUCAGAAUUUUGGGUCAGGCGUUUAUCCUAGUGGGUCUCUGUCAUUUUUUGGAUCAAGAACUGUGUGCAGAAAAAGAGGAGUUUUUUAAGGGAUAAAAGAAUGACGAGUAUAACGGAUGCUACAAUAAUUCAUCAUGUGGCCAUUGUUUUGCUGCUACUAUGGUUGCUUAAUUCCUUCGAUUGUUGCCACCCUUUUGCUUACUUCCUCUCCCUCAUCUAUCUCUACAUGGUUCAUGAGCAGUAUGUGACUAAAUUACGAAGGAAACUACAGUUUGAGGAGAAAAGACAGUCUUCUCAGCGCCGAGUCCUUUCAGACUCCGAAUCAGUGAGAUGGUUAAACUAUGCGAUUGAGAAGAUAUGGCCUAUCUGCAUGGAGGAGAUUGUUUCACAGAAAAUUCUCCUCCCAAUCAUUCCAUGGUUUAUGCAAAAGUACAAACCCUGGACUGCUAAAGAAGCUGCAAUUCAGCAUCUCUACUUAGGAAGAAAUCCACCUAUGUUCACAGAAAUGAGGGUUCUUCGUGAAUCUACUGGAGAUGAUCACUUGGUCCUGGAGUUGGGGAUGAAUUUUCGUACUGCUGAUGACAUGAGUGCAAUUCUUGCGGUGAAACUGAGAAAAAGGUUGGGCUUUGGGAUGUGGGCGAAGUUGCAUCUGUUGGGCAUGCAUGUUGAGGGAAAGGUCUUGGUUGGGGUAAAGUUCUUAAGGAAGUGGCCGUUUAUCAGUCGGUUGCGGGUGUGCUUUGUGGAGCCUCCUUAUUUUCAGAUGACUGUGAAGCCAAUUUUCACACAUGGGCUUGAUGUAACAGAACUUCCUGGAAUUGCUGGAUGGAUGGAUAAACUACUUGCUGUUGCCUUUGAGCAGACACUUGUCGAGCCCAACAUGCUGGUGGUGGAUGUUGAGAAGUUUGUGUCGCCGCAACCAGAAAACUGGUUCUCGGUUGAUGCUAAGGAGCCCAUUGCUUUUGUUAUUUUAGAAGUUCUUGAAGCAGCUGACAUGAAGCCGUCAGAUUUAAAUGGAUUGGCUGAUCCAUAUGUUAAGGGACACCUUGGCCCCUACAGAUUCAGGACUAAAACUAAGAAGAAGACAUUGACUCCACAGUGGAAUGAGGAGUUCAAGGUUCCAGUCUGUACAUGGGAGUCUCCUAACAACAUGCUCAAUGUAGAAGUUCGUGACAAGGACCGUUUUAUUGAUGAUACAUUGGGAGAUUGUUCCAUCAACAUCUGUGAUUUUAGGGAUGGGCAGAGGCGUGAUAUGUGGCUGUCUCUUCAGAACAUUAAAAUGGGGAGAUUGCAUCUUGCCAUAACUGUUGUUGACUGUAGCAAAAAGGACGCAGAGCAGUCAUAUGAGCGAGGAAGCGUGGACGAUGAACAGGAUAUCAAAUCUGCUGAAAUGGAUACAACUGAGCAAAGCUCCUUAACCACUGAAUCAGCCGAUAAAUCAUCAAAAACUGCAGAUAAGUAUGAACCUAUUAAUAUCGAAGGGCAGCAGGAGACUGGUAUAUGGGUACACCACCCAGGGAGUGAAGUAGCACAAGUCUGGGAACCAAGAAAGGGAAAAAGCAGGGUUGAUGGGGAAGUUCUUGGCGUGCGUGGUGAUUCCAAGGGAAGUUUAAAGUCAACAGCAGGGGGCUCCACUUACAAUGAUGAGUGCAGGUCUGAUGGAAGUGUUAAUGGAAGUAAGCCAGAUUCUCCUAGUCGAAUUCACAGGGGUUUACAUAAGAUCAGCUCGCUUUUCCACAGAAGUCCUAGACACGAGGAUAAGUCAGGCAAUCUUGGAGAACCUGAGACAUCUCAACACGAGAAUCUUAGGGCAGUUAGUGCCAAGGAAAUUGGGGUGAAGAUUAUAGUGGAUGACACAGUUUCCCUUUCAUCAUUGGCCACAGCACCUACAGAAGAUGGAAAAGAGAGUCAUGAGGGAAAUGGGGAACGCCCGAAAAAGGGGAGAGUGAGAGACAAGGCAAAGAACAUCCUUAAACAUGCUGGUAAAUCUGUUGGUGGUGGCAUAAAGAAAGCGGUGUCGCGGAAGUCAUCAGGAAAAUCUAAAGGGGAGCUAGAAUCAUCAGAGACAGAGAGAGUGAGCUCCAUGGAAUCUGAUUCUUCUGAUGCAGAAUCUCAACCUUCAUCAAUUGAUUCACCUCUAGUUGUAGCACCUUCAGUUGGCAACACUUCCUUAGCCAGCUCUGGUAUUGAGAGUUUUGACACCACAAUAAAGACUAGUGGACCGGUAGAUAGGGAAAGCAUUAAAGCUCCAGAUGAGCUAGGAGGGAACGCAAAAGACAAUCAUGCCUUUGGUCAGACUUCAAGUUUCAAAAGUUUCGAGUUAGACCAAUGAAACGAACUCUGAACAUGUUAGAGGGCAGUUUUCUCAUUUUCCCCCUUGUACAGUCUUUAAGCAGAUUGAUGUUCUUAUUCCGUUUUACUUGUAUAUGCUGUUACGUCCUGCCUGUAAUAGCUUCAUGUAGGCUAAAGCAAACUGUACCAUAAGGUUCAAUGUGUCUACUUUUUUCAAGUUCUGUAAAAUGUAAAUCAUGAAAAUUUUGGAAAGGUCAAUUUUUAAUAUUUACUUUCCUUGUUGGAUUCCUCUCCA